AUGUCGGACAAUAUAUACCUACCUUCGCCGGCCUCGACGGAGUCAGCCGAAGCUGAGAUUGAUGUAGCCAAAGACCUUGAGCGGCUGGCAGUCAAUUUCGUCGAUGUGCUCAAUGCCCGGGACUUCGACUUCACCAGUGAUAAGGCUAAGGAGCUCCGGACUCGCAUGACAGCCGACUGGAAAGCACAGAUGGACACAUAUGCUGCGGACCCUUCGCCGGUCAAGUUUGACGAGCAGGUAAGGAGGUGGAAGCUCCGAGCUCAAGAUCACACCGGCGUGCAUUUCCAGGUCGUCGAAGUGAUGAGUAAAGUGGAAGAGAAGAAGGAGCGAGCGAGGGUGUUCUUGGAGAUGCAAGUCUCGGGGAUCACAGAGGGGAAGCUCAUGGCUAUGAAUGAGCUGAGGUGGAGGAAGGUCGAAGGGGCGUGGUUAUGUUACUUUGUGAUUGGGAUGAGAGGGGGAGGUGUGAACAACGCUGCUGCAAUGCCGUUCCCGACAUGA